AUGCCAUCGACCAGCCUUCCUGUCUAUGUGAUGCUGCCGUUGGACACCAUCUGGCUGCUGGAGAGGGAUGGGAAGUCGAUCCCGGUGAUCAAGCGGGAGAAGGCGCUAGAGGUUGGGCUGCAGACACUGCGGCAGGCGGGUGUAGAGGGGGUCAUGGUGGAUGUCUGGUGGGGCAUUGUGGAGAACGCAGGCCCCGGCAAAUAUGACUUCUCUGCAUACAAGCGUCUGUUCCACAAGGUGGCGGAGAGCGGGCUGAAGGUGCAGGCGGUGAUGUCAUUCCACGCGGCAGGGGGGAACGUGGGGGACACCUGCAAGAUCUCGCUGCCUAAAUGGGUGCAGGCAGUGGGCGCAGAGAAUCCGGACAUUUACUACACGGACCGCUCUGGCACGCGCAACCGCGAGUGCCUCAGUCUCGGCUGCGACAGCGAGCCCCUGUUCCACGGCCGCACCCCCGUGGAGCUCUACAAGGGCUUCAUCGAGGCCUUUGCGGACAACUUUGACUACCUUUUUGGGGAUGUCAUCACGGAGAUCACAGUGGGAUUGGGGCCGGCGGGGGAGCUGAGGUAUCCGUCAUACCCGGAGGGCGACGGCCGCUGGCGCUUCCCGGGCGUCGGAGAGUUCCAGUGCUUUGACCGCUACAUGAUGGCCUCCCUGCGCCGCGCAGCCGAGGCCGUAGGCCACCCCGAGUGGGGCUACGACGGCCCGCACGACUGCGGCAACUACAACAGUGCGGCGUGGGAGACGGGCUUCUUUGUGAGCCAGGGCGGCAGCUGGGACACGGAGUAUGGCCACUUCUUCCUGGGCUGGUACUCCUCGCUGUUGCUGCAGCAUGCCGACCGUGUGCUCAAGGCCGCCGCCGCCUCCCUCAACAAGCGCGGCCGGCCCCGCAAAGCGCGCGCCGCCCGCGAGCACACCGACGGCCACGUCGUCUACGAAUUCGACGCCGCCUGUCAUCUGGGUGUCAAGCUGGCCGGCGUGCACUGGUGGUUCAAGUCGCGCGCGCAUGCCGCGGAGCUGACAGCAGGGUACUACAACACGCGCGAGCGCGACGGCUACGCAGAACUGAUGGCCAUGCUGCGGCGCAACAAUGCGCGGCUGUCCUUCACCUGCGUGGAAAUGCGCGACUGCGAGCACCCACCAGAGGGCCGCUGCUCCCCGCAGGGGCUGCUGCAGCAGGUGAUCGAGGCGGCCGCAGCGGCGGGCGUGCCCCUGAGCGGCGAGAACGCGCUGCAGCGCUACGACCACUACGCGUUCGACCGCAUCGCAGAGAGCGCCUUUGGCCUGAACGCGCGCGCCGGCCGCCUGGAGCAGCUCACCUUCCUGCGCAUGGGCGACCUCAUGUUUGACAACUGGGACGCCUUCUCCAGCUUCCUCCACCGCCUGCGCUCGCCCCCCUCCACCCCCAACUGGACCGGUUACUAA